AUGGAUAACUUUCACGGGUUCAGUAAUAUGGGCAACGACUGGCAGGGAAAUAUGAGUUCAUUAGGCUAUCCAAAUGGAUUCUCACAAGCUGCCUUUAGCAGCAACUCGACAUUUGGUGUCAUUAAUCAGUUCAAGAUCAUGGCCGCAAGUUCGAUACGGCAAUCAACAAUCAUCCUCGCCGCUUUCAAUACCGUAUCGGCUUUUGCGACGGCAGCUGGUAUUUAUUAUGACUGCUACACAACAGCGAAACGAUCAAAUCUAGAAGGCAAGCAGAGAGUCAAUAUUUUCCGCUGUGUUCAAGGGCCUGUGACAUACCCCUUCAUGUUAUCUUUGGGGAUCACAAUCCAAGGCAUUAUAUUUGCCGUCUCUCAGUCAUAUGGCUUAAACGAUAUAUUCCUACGCGGGUGCUCUUUGAUAUCGCAAUUCAUGUGGCCUGCGAUUUUCAUUGUACCUUAUAUGCAGCUAGUCUUCGGAUUAGAAGUUACCAUUCGAGCUCUCAGGAGCAGACCGUUUCUCCCGAGAACCAAGUGGAAUGUUCCGAUCUGUCUCGCCGUGGUCGGGGUCCUCUUAUUAACCACCGGUUUGGUCGGCCACUUCAUCCGGCCUCCCACUUUCUGUUUUGCUUCACUCUUCUGGUUUGUAGCAAGAUGGGCCGAAGGCGGUUUUGUGGUACUGCUCAUUAUCGCGGUCACUUUAGUGAUCUGUACCAUCAUCAUCAUCUUGAAAUUAACAAGGUAUUCGACAAUCGAUGAGUCUGAGCGGAUCAGCGCUUCUAGGAUGGUGUACUUCCUUGCUUUAGCAGUUGUAUCUAAUGCUUUAAUCGUCCCGUUCUUCGUAUCCCUCACUUUUGCGAAUCCUAUGGAGGAUAGUGGUGGUUCCGGGUUAACAUUAUCCAUGAUUGCAACUGUCGUGGCUAACGUUUCGGGGCUCACAACCGGAGGCCUCCAUAUGUUUCUUCGAUCCAACGCCAUUGCUACGAUCGGUUCCAGCAGCAAACUGGCUGAAUACGAGCGCCAGAAGUUGAAAAAUCAAUAUGAAUCCGGAGCAGCAACCAGCAUGGACUUUAACGGUCACAUACUCAAGCCAGUAUCGGGCCCCGGAUCUUUCUCGAAGGCAGAAAGUCAGGUGCACCUUGUGGAUGAGGAGAGCGAUGCCAUGGAACGUGGUGAGGGCUCGAAAAAUGCCGAGGAAGCUGAAAAAAGCACCAAAGUCGAAUUGAAUCGUACUUCUCAACCCCAUUUAGCAACACCGGGCGCCGCUUUGAGCUCCGCAGUUGUGGAGGAUGUUCCUUCAGAUGUGGAUGUAAACGUAUUUCACACGAAUCGAGGCUCGCAGAUAUUAGAAAGACAAAAAGAUAUGCUACGUGCAAAUCGGCCUAAUAUUGCGGCUCCGUCCCCUGGGUGGUUUAAGGAUUAUGGCCAUGGACAGGUGAAACCCCACAAAGAGGAGACUCAGGCAUCGUCUCCUAUUGCUGAAAUUUCGGCAACACCGAAGGACUCGGCGACGAAUGAGAAGACGACACAUACGGAUGUCAAUACUGAUACCCCAUUUGCUAGAGAAGAACCUAUAAGCCAGGAGGCUGAGAAGGAACACACUCAGAUGGUUGAUGAAAUCUUGCCCAGAACAGAAAUAGAGAUACCACCGGACGCAACAGUCGAAACAGAAGCCAUGUUCAAUGACGGGUCGACAAGACCGGCCUAUGUUCUCCGGGAAUCUAAGGUACCGUCUACCCGCUUGGGCCGAUUAUGGAAUUACGGGGGGUUAGCCGCCGGAAUGCUAGGCGGUGCCAUCACCGAGGGGCUCAGUAGAAGCCUCGGCGGCGGCGGCAAGGGCUCAGUGUUACUCAGCUCUGGGAAUAUGGAGCGACUCGUUGCCAAGCUCUCCAGGAUGCGAGGUGCCGCGCUGAAGAUGGGUCAGUUGAUGAGUUUCCAGGACUCCAAGAUGCUUCCCGCGCCCAUCCAAGAGGUCCUCCAGAGAGUCCAGGACCGAGCCGAUUAUAUGCCCGCGUGGCAGCGUGACCGCGUACUCACAGCCAACCUUGGACCCGAAUGGCGGGAGUUAUUUGACGAGUUCGAAGAAAAACCGAUCGCAGCGGCGUCGAUCGGCCAAGUGCACCGCGCGACGCUUAAAUCUACAGGCGAAAAGGUGGCUGUUAAGAUUCAAUUCCCAGGCGUUGCCGACUCAAUCAACUCGGACUUAGACAACAUAUCUAUGCUUCUAACAGCCUCUAAAAUGCUACCUAAGGGACUAUAUCUUAACAAGACAAUCGACAACGCACGGAUAGAACUAGGCUGGGAGUGCGACUACGAGCGGGAGGCCCAGUGCGGGCAGCGGUAUCGGGAGCUUCUGGCUGAUGAGCCGGACGUUUUCCUCGUGCCCAAGAUCUACGCAGAGGCCUCGGGGAAACACGUUAUAACGAUGGAGUUUAUGGAGGGAGUAGGCGUGACACGGAAUAUGUCAUUCACGCAGGAGCAGAAGGACUGGAUUGGCACGCAGAUCCUGCGGCUUUGCUUGCGCGAGAUCACCGAGUUCCGCUUCAUGCAGACGGAUCCCAAUUGGACCAACUUCCUAUACAAUGCUGAUACCCAGAAACUUGAGCUCCUCGACUUCGGUGCUUCACGCGAAUUCCCAGAGCACUUCGUCACCCAGUACGUCGGUCUACUCGCUGCUGCCGCACGCUCCGACCGCCACACCGUCCUUGAACUAUCACGCAGCUUAGGGUAUCUUACAGGUCACGAGAGCAAGACCAUGCUCGACGCACACGUAACCUCGAUCCUGACACUGGCCGAGCCAUUCCUACACUCCGCGCCUCAAGUGUACGAUUUCAGCGACCAGACCAUUACCGAGCGCGUCAAGGCGCUCAUUCCCACUAUGAUCCGUGAGCGUUUGAGUCCCCCACCCGAGGAAACGUAUAGUCUACACCGUAAACUAAGCGGUGCCUUCCUACUCUGCGCUAAGCUGGGCGCCCGCGUGCGGUGCCGCGAACUGUUCGAGCGAGCGAUAAAGAAGAUGGAUGUGGAUGAUAUUGUAUGA